CAACCCACACCCGCAGCGCGAAUGAGGUGGGGGUGGGGGUGGCGAGGAGGUGUUCGUUGCUUUCGGGAUCUCGCCCUGGGUCAGACUGGGACCGAGUUCCAAAUUGUGCCGAGAGUUGGCAACAGGUGCUCCGCGUUACAGAAUGGGAGAGUUUCGCUUCCGAAAAGGAGUCAGAAAAUCUGCUCAAUAAUCCGUUAACACUACCUCUGCACCUGAGCUUUGGCUGACUCCGCCUCGGACGCCCAGCUCCUGUGAAGCAUCUUAUUGGUGAUCGCGGUCACACUGCAGUGACUGCUCCAAUUGGAAACCUCCUCUCCCUGCAACAAGUGAAGCAGAGAGCGAGCGCAGCUGUUAAGCACCGGAGCCUCUGGGAAGUUUGUUAGAGCAACGGUUUCGAAGACAAAUGGCCAACGCUGGACUUGAAAUCCUGGGCUUAGCCCUGGGAGUGAUCGGGUGGCUGGGAGCCAUUAUAACCUGUGCCUUACCCAUGUGGAGAGUGACCGCGUUCAUUGGAAACAAUAUUGUGGUGGCGCAGAUAAUUUGGGAAGGUCUUUGGAUGAACUGCAUUGUUCAGAGCACCGGGCAGAUGCAGUGUAAGGUGUACGACUCCCUCCUGGCGCUCUCUCAAGACCUCCAGGCUUCCAGAGCGUUGACCGUCAUUGCCAUUGUGUUGGGAGUCCUGGGCAUCCUCAUCUCCAUCGUGGGAGCCAAGUGCACCAACUGUGUUGAAGACGAGGCCACCAAAGCCAAGAUUAUGAUCGUGGCUGGAAUUAUCUUCAUUCUUUCUGGGGUGCUGACCCUGAUCCCAGUGUCCUGGUCAGCGAACACCAUCAUCAAGGAUUUCUACAACCCACUGGUCACCGAAGCCCAGAAAAGAGAACUUGGCGCCUCCUUGUACAUCGGAUGGGGCACAUCGGGUCUGCUGAUCCUCGGAGGAGCUCUGCUCUGCUGCUCCUGCCCACCGAAGGAUACCAAGUACGCGCCUUCCAGAGUGGCCUACUCUGCCGCCAGGUCCACGGGUCACAGUGGGUACGACAGGAAGGACUAUGUGUGAUAGGGCCAUCAGUCAGUGGCCGCCCUCCGGGGUUUCACAGCAUGUUUGAACCCUUGAGGACAUCACUGUGGGGUGAUUUUAUUGUCCUUUUAUAAAAGAAAUAUCUUUUUUUUCCUUUCAACUUACAUUGUUAAAUUCACGAGAUAAAAUAACUUGGUCGUGCGUGUGCAUGUGUGUGUAUGUAUUGGUCUAGCGUAUUUCACCAGAUACAGUUACAAAGUGGUGUCUGGUUGUGAUUCUUGUAUUAGUGUCGUGAUUCCCUGUCGGUUUCUCGCUUUGAUGGGGGAUUUGACGCCGCCCCUUGCCCUGUGAAUCCGGGACAAUGCCGAUAGCCCGGGACUUGUGCCUUUAUGAUUGACAACGGCGGCUCCAGUAGAAGCACAUUGCUGCGAGUGGAUAUUUGAUAAAUUUGGGGAGGGAGAGACUGCGAAAAGUCGCAAAUCCAACGCUUUCUGUGUAUUUCUAGAAUGUAUACUCUUAACAAUGAAUCGCAAGAGAAUACAGUGAAGGAGGAGUGUGCUGAGGGAAAGAAACCGGGAUUCAUUUCAGUGCAAAUAUGCUCACGCUUGUAAAAUGCAUGUUAAUGAAUAAACUUUACAGAAAGACA